AUGUGGAGUGCAAUACGACCAUCGCCUAUCUGGUGGCUUCGAGCUCCAAGCCGAGCACUCUCCAGCUCCUUCACCAAAGGCCGCGCCAGUCCUCGAGGCCCUCGGAAUAGCAUACGGAGACUGGACCCUAUUUCAAAUACCGGACGAAAAGGCGCACAACCGCCGCAUUCCGAGUCGUCGAACGACGAAACAAGUAACCCCGCCGCGAACUACGACCCUUCUCAAAAUACCCUCCUCUCCCCGGUUCAUAUACCAGAGGAUCCCAAUGCCGUGCUCAAAGAGAAUCACCCUGCUACAAGGCUAUUGGCGAAUUCGGGCUUGGUCGUGCAGAGACAGCUGGAGUUGAUGAAUGCGAUGAUUGGAUUUGAACAGGCAAAUAAAUAUGUGAUUAUGGAUGCGAAUGGGAAUCAUGUGGGAUACAUGGCAGAGCAAGAGAAAGGCUUGGGCAGUACGAUGGCCCGGCAAUGGUUCCGGACGCAUCGCUCUUUCGUGACGCAUGUUUUUGACCGGCAUGAGAAUGAAGUACUCAGGUUCCACCGUCCGUUUUCCUACAUCAAUUCCCGUAUUCGAGUCUAUGAUCCUUUUGAUAUCGCCAAAAACGCCCAUUCGUCUUCGACUGCUCUUCAGACAAUUUCGCCAGGGUCACUAGUCCAGGCAAGCGGGGGAUCUAAUGCUAGAGUCUCGCCUCUUGGAAUUGAAAACAUGCAUGUGGUUGGGGAGGCACAACAACAGUGGGCGCCAUUGCGACGAAAAUACAACCUCUUUACCUACCAUCCAUCUCCGGACGCAUCAACAAACAUGGGAACCGAGAUAUUGCCACUUGCUGACUCCGGACUAUCGCAAGCGCAACAAAUGCAAUUAACCCACAGUGGUGAGUCUGGUCAAGAACAAGGAGAGUUCAACCAAUUUUCCUACGUGGAUGAGCCUUUCCUGUCAUGGGACUUUGCGCUACGCUCGGCAGACAACAAGUUGAUUGGAUCGGUCAACCGCGAUUUCGCCGGUUUCGCUCGCGAGUUUUUCACUGACACUGGUGUUUACGCUUUGCGCAUGGAUUCCGCUUCACUCAGUCAGGCAGAGACAGCCGCCACACAGACUGACGUCGCCACAGGCAUGAGCCUCGACCAGCGUGCAGUGAUGCUAGCUACGGCCGUGAGUGUGGACUUUGACUACUUCAGUCGGCAUAGCGGUAGUGGAGGUUUUGGCUUCAUGCCCCUCUGGAUCCCCGGUAUGGGUGGCGACGCCGCUGCGGGCGGUGCUGCCGGUGGUGCCGCUGCAGGAGAAGCCGGUGCAGUGGGCGAGGCAGCCACAGGAGCCGCGGGAGCUGCUGGUAGAGCCAGCGCUGCUGGCGGGAUGGCUGAAGGUGCCGGCGCAAUGGCCGGGUAUGAAGCCAUGCAACGAGGCAUGGGUGACCCGUAUGCGCAAGACGUAUCUCCCGAUCAACAACCCCCGCCAUCCUCCAUGGAUCAGUCCCCGCUGCCGGGUCAACCUGGUCCGUAUGGAGAUCACUGGGCUGAAGAGCAACAUGAAGAUGUUUGGGAUGAGGACCCGUGGAGUGAUGGUGGAGGUGAUGGUGGCGGGGACGACUGGUUCUAA